UAACUCAUAUACAUACAUAUCAACAAGCCACGUCAUCUCUUACGGCAACCUUUGCUUUUCAUAGUAAGAAAAAAAGUGUUUUAAAUCCCCUUUGUAUCAUCAUCCACGCACUCACUGAAAACACUCGGACUGAGGAAACAGAACCGAUGAUGCCCAUAAUUCUAUCUUUACUCUUCCGUUUACUAGUGGCUCCAUCCUGUGCUUCGGCGGACCAUGAACCAUCCGUUAAAACCAGCAUCAUCUUCGCAACACUGGGCAGCAGAUCGGAUUACGCUUUUGAUAUCUUUACUCUUCCUACACAGGGCCCACCUCCUACCCCAGCCAACGAGCUCCAAAUCACCGAUGGUAGAUCGUUAAAUUUCAAUGGUCACUUCCCUUCUCCGUCUUCGUCUCUCCUUUCUCUCUUAUCCAAUCAAACCCUAACAUCGGCCACACAGAACUCAGAACCUGUUAGCCUUGUGUACGUUACAGAGCGGGGUGGAUCAUCAAACAUCUACUACGAUACAGUUUAUUUCAGUAUCCCGCGAAGCACCAGAUUGAGGUCUGCCCUUGAAAUAGAAAUUCCUGUGCGCGUUCAAGUGCCGCUGCUGAAGGGCAUAGAUGGAAUUUCGAUGAAGGAUAAGCCGACUGUGAGUGGAGACUAUCUAAUAUACGUGUCAACUCAUGAGGAUUCGAAAAAGCCAAGGACGAGUUGGGCUGCUGUCUACUCAACUGAGUUGAAAACCGGGUUGACUCGUAGACUCACCCCCUAUGGCAUCGCUGAUUUUAGCCCUGCGGUCUCUCCUUCAGGGCUUUACACGGCAGUGGCGUCUUACGGGGUGAGUGGAUGGAAUGGUGAAGUUGCAGAACUGAGUACUGAUAUUUAUGUGUUCUUGACUCGUGAUGGAACGCACCGUGUCAAGGUUGUUGAACACGGCGGGUGGCCCACUUGGGUUGACGAUUCUACACUAUACUUCCACAGAAGAAGCGGAGAUGGAUGGAUUAGUGUUUACAAAGCGAUUUUACCAAGUAAAACGCCGAUUUCAAUUGAGUCGGUGAUUGUGGAGCGAGUCACUCCAGCGGGUCUUCACGCGUUCACUCCAGCUACUUCUCCAGGUAACAACAAAUUUAUAGCAGUAGCUACGAGAAGACCCAAUUCGGAUUAUCGCCAUAUAGAGCUAUUCGACCUUGUUAAAAACGAGUUUAUUGAGUUAACUAGGUUAGUAUCACCGCAAACUCAUCACUUAAACCCGUUUAUCUCGCCCGAUUCAAGUCGAGUCGGGUACCACAGGUGUAGAGGUGCUUCAAAUGAUAAAAAGAGUAAGCAUUUUGUGUUAGAGAAUCUCAAUAGCCCAGUGCCUGAGAUAUCGCUAUUUAGAAUUGACGGAUCAUUUCCUUCUUGGUCACCGAAAGGUGAUCGCGUCGCUUUUGUUGAAUUUCCGGGUGUUUUUGUUGUCAACCGGGACGGUUCAAACCGGCGACAGGUUUAUCCGAAAUCCGCAUUCUCGACCGUUUGGGAUCCGGUUCGUCCAGGAAUUGUAUACACUAGUGCUGGUCCCGAAUUUGCCAGUGAAAGCACUCAGGUUGAUAUUAUCUCUAUUGAUGUUGAUAAGGGUAAUGUCAAGAAGUUGACCAUUAAUGGUGAAAAUAAUGCAUUUCCUUCAGUUUCGCCGGAUGGGAAAUGGGUCGUGUUCCGAUCGGGUCGAGCGGGUCAUAAGAAUUUGUAUGCAAUGGACGCGGAAGAAGGAGAGAAAGGUGGUAUCCAUAGGUUAACAGAGGGUCCAUGGAGUGACACGAUGUGCAACUGGUCACCAGACGGUGAAUGGAUUGCGUUUGCAUCAGACAGGGAAGACCCUGGUUCAGGAAGCUUCGAGUUGUAUUUGAUCCACCCAAACGGAACCGGAUUAAGGAAGUUGGUUCAAAGCGGGUUGGGUGGUAGAACUAACCACCCGUAUUUCAGCCCGGAUGGAAAGAGUGUAGUAUUCACAACAGAUUAUGCUGGAAUAUCAGCUGAGCCGAUCUCGAACCCACAUCAUUAUCAACCGUACGGGGAAAUCUACACGAUUAAAUUAGACGGCUCUGAUUUGAAGAGGUUGACACAUAAUUCGUUUGAAGAUGGGACCCCAGCAUGGGGUCCUAUAUAUAUUGAGCCAAACGACGUGGAGUGGCCAAACGAGAGACCACAGUGCCAGUUUGAGGACUGUCAUUGGCUUAAUGGAAUGCCAAGCCGAGAUGUUGGGGUUUUGAGUAAGAAUCAAUGCAAAGCAUAGUUUAUAUUUAUUUUCUGCACUGUAAAUGAGAGAAAGAUCAUAUAAAGGCAUAAUGACUGUAUAUUUUAUGUGGUUUUUGUGGAAAGAUUGUAAUUAAAAAAUAAUAUGGGUGUUAUUAUUUAUAUCUGUUUCUUUAA